CAAGUAGGCAUUAAUUGCAUUUUCAAGAAAGAAAUAAGAGCCUUAUGCAAGAUUUUGUGGUAAACAGACGCGCCUUCAUAUGUAAUUAAUGGCCGUGGUUCAAAGAGAUCUUCGUAUUUUAAUUUAAUAGAGUUUAUUAUACGAUUCUGAAUUGUAACAUAACAGGAAUAGGACGCUAUGUGUUCCAGGGGUUUGAAUCCUCAGCGGUGGCUCGAUGCAUUUAAUGACCUGAAUGCAUCAAUAUAUACAUUCAGCCGGUGUAUGACGCUUGCUGAUAUAAAUUCAGAUGGAAACUAUAAGCUUGUCAUCUCCGAUCUUGGCACAGGAACUACCAAUAUCAAACUUAAGGUGUACAGAGGUACAUCCCUGAUGUCAGAGAUGACCCUGAUGGACGUUCCAACUGGUAUUGUUACUUUCCAUAUGGACAUGAAUGAGCCAAGAGUGCCUGCUAUUGCAGUCGCCUCAGGGCCAAAUAUCUUUGUCUACAAGAACAUGAGGCCCUAUUUUAAAUUUUCAAUUCCAUCCAUGACGGUGAAUCCACUGGAGCAAGAUCUGUGGCAUGAGGUUCGAAACAAACAGAUGGAAGUGGAAGUAUUCUAUGACUUGCUUAUGCUGACAUCAUACCUCAAAUUUCUAGUACAUCUGUUGAUAGUUUUGCUAUUUCAGAUGAACCUCGGAGGACAAGGGAAUCCUACAUGUGUUGGAGCUCCCAUCCAUUUGGUAGCAACAGGACUUUAUGAUGUUGAAUUCCGAGUUGCUGUAGCAUGUCGUGAUGGUUGCAUAUACCUGGUUCGUAGAGGCUGGACCCAGGCUCGCAUUCUGGUGCAGCUUCCUGCUCAAGCAGUUGCACUGGUGGUACUGCCCGAGAACAGCAGCAUUGUUACAGCACUCAUGAAUGAAACCUUCCAUGGCUACACAAAGAAGGGUAAGAAGCAAUGGGAACUUAAACUGGCAAGUGCCGCAACAGCAGUGACACCAGUACCCCUGCAUCAUCUAGGUGUCACUCUUGUUGCUGUGGCCAUUACUGGUGGCACUGUAAACUUCUACUCAGGCUGCCAAUUGAUGGAUACUAUUACAGCACCUGACACAGUGUCAGCCCUUCUGUUUGGAAGAUUUGGCCAAGAAGACCACAGCCUUGUGCUUGUCACAAUCAAUGGUCAUCUGCUAGUGAAAAUUUUGAAGAGAACAGCUCAGUUUACUGCCCAGUCGAGCGGAACAGGAAUGGUACCCCCACAGCAAAUAAAAAUGCUUGUACCAAAGAAAACAAAACUUUUUAUGGAACAAACUUUAAGAGAAAGAGAAAAUGCAGUUGCAAUGCAUGAAACAUUUCAACAUGAUUUGUUUCGGCUGAGACUGAACACAGCACGUGCAUGUGUGAAUGCUCUGCAGAGUUGCAGCAAUCCUUUCUCUACAAAUACUCAAGAGCCUCUCAAAAUGUCAGCACAGGUUUUGGGAUUGGGUCCAACAUUCAAAAUUUAUAUUACACUUGAGAAUAUGUCUUCCUCAAACCCAGUCAAAGAUCUUACAAUUACCUUUCAUUGUGAUGAUAAGUUGUAUAUAAUUGAGAAACCUUUCAUUCAGGUUCCAAUGUUAGUGCCUGGUUUAACAUACAAAUUUGAAACUGUAGCAGAAUGCAUUGCAGAGGUUGGUGUGACUGAUCAAGUGCGGAUAUUCAUUGUGAAACUGAACGAGAUACAGCCACUACUUGCUGCAGUUAUAAACAUGCCUCUCAGUGACAUGUUGACUUUGGUGUAAAACAGAAUUCAAAUUGUAUCCUGAUGAAUUUCAACGUAAGGAAAAUUGUGAUUAAAAUCUUAAGAGUAACAGUGAGCAUUCUCUGAAGUGACCUUUAACAAAGUUAAUGGGUACCGGGGGUCUUUCCCUGGGGGUAAAGCAGCAGGGAUGGAGAAGCUGACCACUCAUCUCCAACUAGU